GGACAUAACAUUUACGAUACAAAUACGAAGACGAACUCUUUAUUAUUUUUUUAAUUUAAUCGUACCAUGUGUCUUAAUUUCAUCAAUGGCUCUAUUAGGAUUUACAUUACCCCCGGAUUCGGGAGAAAAACUCACACUAGGAGUCACGAUUCUUCUAUCACUAACCGUAUUUCUCAACUUAGUGGCUGAGACAUUACCACAAGUGUCUGAUGCAAUUCCAUUGUUAGGUACAUAUUUUAAUUGCAUAAUGUUCAUGGUUGCAUCAUCAGUCGUACUGACAGUAGUUGUUUUAAAUUAUCAUCAUCGAACUGCCGAUAUUCACGAGAUGCCACAAUGGAUUAAAUCGGUGUUUCUUCAAUGGCUUCCAUGGAUUUUAAGAAUGAGUCGACCGGGUAAAAAAAUAACUAGGAAAACAAUUAUGCUUAGUAAUCGUAUGAAAGAGCUCGAGUUAAAAGAGCGAUCAUCGAAAUCACUGUUAGCUAAUGUAUUAGAUAUAGAUGAUGACUUUCGACAUGUAAGUGGAAUGACGGGUUCAACCACAGCAAUAGGGUCAACAGCAUUUACUAGACCAACAACAAUAGAUGAUCAUAAUUCAAUAUCAGGAGGCUGUACACAUAAAGAUCUUCAUUAUAUUCUUAAAGAAUUGCAAUUUAUUACUGCUCGUAUGAAGAAGGCAGAUGAUGAGGCUGAGAUAGUCAGUGACUGGAAAUUUGCCGCAAUGGUUGUUGAUAGAUUUUGCCUAUUCGUAUUUACAUUAUUUACAAUAAUCGCUACAGUUACCGUUCUACUGUCAGCUCCGCAUAUAAUAGUUCAAUAGAAGUAGGAGAACUCCGAUUAGCCAAACGAUGUAAGUUAAUCCAAAUCUGACAUCCACUAACAUCUUAGCUACUGGGAGAUAAUUAUAUUUUA